GGUCCGCACGGCCGAAGAUAAGAUGGCGGCGCUGGGAGAACCUGUCCGGCUGGAGAGGGAUAUCUGCAGAGCAAUCGAGUUGUUGGAGAAAUUGCAGAGGAGUGGAGAGGUGCCACCACAGAAGCUUCAGGCUUUGCAGAGAGUCCUUCAGAGUGAGUUCUGCAAUGCUGUGCGAGAGGUAUACGAACACGUUUAUGAGACUGUGGACAUCAGCAGUAGCCCUGAAGUGAGAGCCAAUGCAACUGCAAAGGCUACUGUUGCUGCAUUUGCUGCCAGUGAAGGACACUCUCAUCCCCGAGUUGUUGAGCUACCCAAAACAGAAGAGGGCCUUGGAUUCAAUAUCAUGGGGGGCAAAGAACAAAACUCACCAAUCUAUAUAUCACGGAUAAUUCCAGGUGGAAUUGCUGACAGACAUGGAGGCCUCAAACGAGGAGAUCAGCUACUUUCUGUUAAUGGAGUGAGCGUGGAAGGAGAGCACCAUGAGAAAGCUGUAGAGCUGCUGAAGGCAGCCCAGGGGAAGGUUAAAUUAGUCGUGCGCUACACACCGAAGGUCCUGGAGGAGAUGGAGUCCCGCUUUGAGAAAAUGAGAUCAGCCAAACGCAGACAGCAGACCUAAUCAUUUAAAAACUUCAUGCUCCUUCUGCUUUUAGCUAGGAAGUUUUACUUGUGACCUACUGAUGGCCUCGAUGCCAGUGAUUGUAAAACACCAGAAACUUCUGUGACCUCUUCUUGCCAUUUUAUAAAUGCCUGUUUUAGCAUCACUUACGGUUGUAGAGAAGCAUAUACUUUUUUUCUCAUGAGAAAAAGUCAAAGUUGGUGAGGGCAGUUCUGUCCUGCUGUUUUUACAGGCCUUUUUCAAACACAGAUUUUGUCACAAAGUUGUUAUAGAUUUUUAAUAAUGCUUUUUUAAUAUUAAAAUGUACUUUUACAUUCUUAAUCUUUUUUUAAAAAGAGGUUUUCUUUAUUUGGCAACUUAUUUACAAAUAACAGCUCUCCAAUAUUCCUUUUGCUUACCGCAAUUUCUUUGUGAAAUUUCUCUUCAUUUUUCCAAGAAAUGAAACAUAGCAGUCUGACUUGUGGCAGUUUAUCUCGUCAUGAGUAUUGGCACCGCUGCUGCAUUUUGUACUUGGAACAUAACAUAUCUAUAAUCAGUGGUAAAUCAUAGCUCUCAUGGAACCUUUUUAUUUUAUUUAAACAAUGUAUAAUGUAUUCAUUUAUACUGAUUUAUAAAAGUUUUUAAACACUGAAGCAAUCAUUGCUAAAGUAUGUAUUUCAUAAUAUUUAAGCAGUGAGGCGAGAGGAUCUAAUUUGGUUAUUAGCGUUACCGAUUAAAUCCUUUAUUUAUAUCUAACAGUAUGUCAUAAAUUAUACAUGCAAACAAGCUCAGAUUUCAACUUGUCAAAUUUUUUAUGCUAUUCAUUUGUAUCUAAAUAUAUUUCUCAUGAUUUGGUUCUUUGGCUCCUAGAGAUGAGUCAGUCAGUCUGUGCUGGGGAGAUGGAAGUAAGACAAGGUCCCGACUCCACCUUCCGGAGCCUGGAGCUCCAUGCAUUCCAGUCUCCUGGCUCCAGGUCCCACAAAGGGCAGGAAACAUUGGCUGAGAUACAGAAACAGGCGGUUUCAUAUGUUUCACAGUGAGAGGGACUCAGAACGACUUAUAGCUUGAUUGAAAUAGGGAUGGGAAUUUGGAACAAUACUUUUUACCAAUUGUCCACUGGAUGGCAUGGUCUUCCUAAAAGGCAGCUAUUGAUACAUGAUGGUGACUAUGGUGUACUAAAAGCUGAAAUCAAAGUGAUUAAUUUUCAGUCACAGAUUAUAGGAACAGAUUAUAGUAAAGGGUGUAAGUGAUGAUGUUAAAAAGAAACCAAUGGGUUGAAAAUGUAGGAAUUUGUCAUUAUUACGACUAUUACCUUUAUUUUUUAAAAAUGGGCAUUUUGUAACAUUCCUUCAGGAAGAAUGGAAGUGUGUAUGUUUUUCUGCAUGUGUGUUAACACUGUGAGUCUUACAAGAUUACUGCAAUUUUCAGUGAUUUUCAGAGUAAAAGUCAAUCAACAUGUUAUUUAUCAUUUCGGAAUUGAACACUGGAUUGUGCAUGGUUGAAUGUCUUUAGUCCAUUACAAGAUGUGCUUGACAUUGAUAGGAUCUUGUUGAAUUGUAUAUUUUCAAAAUUAGCUCAUGUGUUUUUAAAAUGUUGAGACCAAAGUAGUAUAGAAUAGUAUGACGUAUUUUAAUUUAAUUGUACAAUUAUUAGAGGUAAUUGUUUUAAAACUCUAUAUUACAGAAAAGUGUUGGUGCAUCUAGAACAGUACCAUUAUUGCUAUGCUCGCCUUUCUGCAUCCCGGGGCUAGGAAGCCCCACGGAGCCCUUGUCUUAGUGUAGCUACUGUGGCUGCAGUUGCUCCUGAGGACGCGUCAGCGUUCCCUUAUGAUUACAGCCUCCUGGUUCUAUGUUUUCAGCUGUCGCAGAAUUUCAGCCAAGUUACUUUUUUUUCCCUAAAUAUGUUGAAAAAGCUUUUUUUUUCUUCUUCAGUAACUCACAGUCUGUUCUUUGUGUGGGCUGACACCUAUUUAUAAUUCUUAAAAACAACUUAAAGGAGCCAAAUAGCUGUUCUUGGUCCUGCUGAGCAUGAGUAGCAACAUUGCUUUCAUUGAUGUGAUUCUCCUGUCUCAGAGGUUUAAAUAUUGACCAUAGGAAAAGUCAUUGGCAAGUGUACAGUAGUCUUCUUGUGUACUGAGGACGUGAACGAAUUGUAGAAUUGUAAUUAAUAUAUGGAUGACUUGUGAAUAAAGCUAGGCGUAAAUAUAUAAAGGGUGUUUGUUUGACUUGUAAGUUACAAAUGUAAAGUUCCCUUAGCCCCAGUUCUCCAUUUAUUUUCUUAAACAUUUUAAAAUGAGUUGACUUGGUGAUUCUUGACCUUAGCUGCAUGUCAGAGUGCCCUGCAGAUCUUAAAAUUCACCUAAGUCUCUUCCCAUACAACUAAUUUAAAAUAAUUUCUUUAUUAUUGAAACUUCAUAUGAGGUGUUUAUGGAGUCUGCCCUCUAUUGUCUUUAGAGGCCCAUUCUGCAUACCCAGGCUUCAGAAGCACUCGCUCAUGGAUUUCCGAUUGUACCAGACUCUGUUUGGAAGUACAUCUAAUCCAAAGCUACUUAACGAUUGCUUCUGUUUCUUAGUACCUCUUUAUGGACUUAAGACGUAUUUGGCAUUCCUUAUUAAACAAAAUAAUUACAGUCUACUGGGGUUUUCUUUUGUUUUGUUUUUUAAAUAAAACUUACCAGUAAUUCAGUUGUGAAAUCUUAAUGUUUUCUCCUGUCCCCUUCACCUUUUAAAAAAAACUGUAAAGGUUAUUAUUUGAAGAGCAUGUUUAAGUAUUGCGGAUGUGAAAGCACUGAGGACAGUCUGGGCCGUGUAGCUAUGGCUGCUUCACUGUUACUGCACUACUACACGGAUGCCCUUCUGUUAUUUAGGGUAUCACUUCAUAAGAUCAUCUUCCUGUUGUAAAAGUUUAAGGCAUUUUGCUCAAGUACUUUGUUUUCAGUUAAAAUGAAUAGAAUUUAAUAGAAGAUGUGGUUAUGGCUAACCUGGAAAGCAUCAGCAUGACUUGGUAUAGACUUAACAGAGUUCAUGUGAUUAUAUUGUGGAAUGAUUAUUGAUAUAUAUAUAUAUAUAUAUAAGAACUCUAGUAAUUGUACCUCCUGAAUAAAUGUCUGCAUUUUCUAACUUACAGUUCAUUGUUCUGGCAACAAUCUCAUUUUGUAGUUUUUAAUCCUCCAAAAUGUUUGAGUAAUGUUUCUUCAAAGGUUGUUGAAGUACUAAGAGUUACAUAGUAGGGGAAAGUCAUUUGAUUAUUAAUUUUCAAGAGGUUUUAAACUAAUUUGUAACUGGACAUGAUUUUUAAAACUAUUGGUAGAGAUUUGAUACACUUGUACUCUUUAGUUUGAGAAAAUUAUUUGGAAUGUGAAACAGUGCUUUUUCAAUAUAUGAAUCAUUUAGCAGUUGAAUUCUGAUGCUAAGGCUUAUUUAAAAUACAUUUGUAUGAGUCGUGUGUGUCCUUUGCAUUUGACAAAACUGAUACAACUACAAAUAGAUGUAUUUCUGAACGCUGUGUGUAAAAUAACCUUCACAUAGAGUAAAAAGCAAAAUCCAUGGUGGGUCUUGACAUGAAAUUUCAGAUUUCUGUAUUUUGUUUGCCUUUCAUAAAAUAUAACUAAACAAAA